GGGCGAAGUCUUGUUGUGCAUCGCGCGUGGCGUCUGCGUCGUUGAGAUAUAACCACGAUAUAACGUGUCAUCGGCCGGUUUUGAGGUUUCUGAGUAAUUCGAGUCUGAAACAGAGUCGGAAAGUGCGCCGCACAGCUUUCGGGGGUCAUAAUCGAGACGGCGCUGCUGACCAGUCGUGGGCACAUGUCUGCGGCUUGCUUGAGACUGUCUGGAGCGACAGAGCAGCUCGGAAAAAACCGCGUUUUAAGGCUUACAGUUCGACUUGAGUAAGGCACCCGGCGGCAAUGGCGGAACCCCAGUUCAUCGCGACGGACUCUAUCGACGGCGUAUGGCCCUUCCUUCAGAGCAUCGAAUGGCGGGAUCCAUGGCUAGCAAUUCUUCUGACGUUUCACGUAGCAGUAACAACGACGGCUCUGAUGACCAGGAAUCAUGCAAAUUUUCAAAUACUUCUGUUCCUCAUACUCCUUCUCCUUGUUUAUUUUUCCGAAAGUAUUAACGAGGCUGCUGCCACGAAUUGGAUGGUAUUCUCAAGACAGCAAUACUUUGACUCGAAGGGUCUUUUCAUUUCCAUUGUAUUCUCCGUUCCGAUACUGAUGAACUGCAUGAUUAUGAUAGCGAGCUGGUUGUAUCAAUCCAGCCAGUUGAUGACGAGCCUGAAGAGAGCUCAGCUGAGAGAGCGUACAAGAAAUCGUCGCGGCGACGGUGAUUCGACAAACGCGAACGGUAAAUCAACGAGACAGAAACAGGAGUAAUGAGCGUAAGAAAAAUCUAGUCAGACAUGAUGCAUACAUGUAUGAGAGAUAUGAAGAAAGAUAAAAGAAGUCAACACCUAUCUACAUCGAGAAAUGGUACUGUACGAUAUGACGGCGAUUAUAUUCUGAAACGAGAAUGAAGAUAGGUACUAUAGAUGAUAACUAUAUAUGCACACUGAUGAUAAUUACUGUAAAAUAUAUAAAAUAUAAGCGAUGUGUGCGCGUGUGUGUAUUAUAUACUGAAAUUUUUUCCGGGCGGAAAAAGAGUGAGAGAAAGGAAGAAUGAGAGAAAUUUCGGGAGAAGUGGAGAAAAACGAAUCUUUGGGUCUGCACGUGUCGCGAUCACGAAUUGUGUCGCGUUUCAAUAUCUCUUUUCCCUUUUUACAGAGGGAAAUUGACAAGCAUAUAAUAAUAAUGGUGAGGCGAAAACGUAAAUACACUGACAUCACAACGGAUUGAAUGUAUCCUGCAACCUAGCUGAUUAUUUGAAAAUGGAAACACACUUGAAGCAGACAUAUUUGAAACGUUAAUGGCGGGCAUAGCGAGUUCUCCACCUUGCGAGUUUGACCCGAGCGUUUAUUUGAUCACGGCCGUGAAUUUUUUAUAUUAAGUCCUCCUCGGCUUUCCUAGCUCUGAUAGAGUAUGUUGGAAUCAAAAUAAACACGCAAAUCGAAAGAUAUGUUAGACCCACGUGACGAUGACCAUUGGAUUUCUCUGAAUUCUGUCUUUGCUGCGAGGUUGUUACGCGACUCAAUUCGACCCGUUAUAACGUGGCGAACAAUUAUUAUUAUGUUUAAUUAAGCGCGUUAAUAUUUCACGUGUACGUGUACAAUUUAUAAGCUUUGCAUAUUUAUAAGUUUCGACGAAAAUGCUUAAUAUCGUUAACGGAUUGAAUGUUUGUAAUUUCUUUUUCAUCUUUGCUUACAAUAUUUCAUACGCUUUAUAAAAAUAAUUAUAAAUCGUCUACGUAAUAAAUUAUCUGCGCAUACAUUCCCGUGACUUAUAUGAUAUGAUAUGAGAUACAAUUUUUUUUUUAUCUGCUGUAGAGAAAAUUUUGAUUUUGUCUCUAUGAGUGAAGGGAUUCAGUUGCUGUUUGCCUGUGCUGAUUGUUUUUCGUAUAUGAUUAUUUGUUACGAAGUAAAUGCGAAUAAACCAAAAGACGUACAGGAGUAUUUUCAUUGAACUCUAUUAUAAGUUCAGUGGGUAUUUUUUAUUCUAUGAUAAAACGUUUGUGCGAGUGUGUAAAGAGGAAAUGUACUUAUGUAUACAUAUAUGUAUAUUUAUACUAAUAGAUCACGUGUGAUAAAAUAAAUACGAUACGACAUACCUAUAAAGUAUCUGCCGCUGCAAUAUUUAUAUAAUAUGAUUGUAUUGGGUGUGGAUGAUCGAUGUGGCGAUUUAAACAAUCUCGCAACAAUAUUUGGAAACAAAGGAAAAUUAAGAAAUUGUAUUUGUAUGAAUAAUCUCAUUUCCCUUACUUGUUUUUAUCUUGUUUGUUUUUAUGAUUGCUAGUGUAAUAUUAUAUUAUAUAUUGUCAAUUUAAUAUUGUCAAUUUACCCACCACGCAUUUUCUUGCCUUGCCUUGAUAAUAGUAAAUUAUCCAACUGCAAUCACAAAGAUCUAUUUGUAUGUAAUAUGAUACAUAUUUUAGUGUUUUUGUUAUAAGUCUUACAGAAUUAUAUAACAAAAUAACUGUAAUAACCUGUAUUAGGUAAUAAACAUGUGCCAGACAUA